AUGAGCGAUACAGAGUGGUUUGAACCGGAGGUGGAGGAGGCCUGGUGGCAUGGUUUGGCACGACGUUUCCUAGCUCUCGGUCCGAUACCGCGGCAUAUUGCAUUUAUCAUGGAUGGCAAUCGACGUUAUGCACGCAAACAGAAGUGUUCGUCGUUUGUCGAUGGCCAUCUGAAAGGUUUUGCACAGCUCAUGAAUGUGCUGGAAUGGUGUCGUCAGUUCGAAGUGAAAGAAGUAACAGUGUAUGCGCUGAGUUUGGAAAAUUUCAAUCGUCGAGAAACGGAAGUGGAAGAUUUGUUGAAACUGUUUGAACGAAAACUUAUACAGCUUCUAAACAAAUUGUUUGUAUUUCCUUUUUUUUCCAGUGGACCUCUAUCUUUGCAGAACUGA